CCACUUUGCCUUCCCCGCCCACUCCCCUAUUUAACACACCUCAGGAAAGGCAGAAGCCCUAAGCUGUGCCCACUUGGGCAGAGGGAUCCUCCUGUCAUCAUCACUGGAGCCUAAUAAGAAGCCUGUGCACUGUGAGGCUCUCAAAAGCAGCAGAGAGGACCAUGGUGAGGACUGACUUUUAACACUGGCCUGAGAUCAAGCCACUGACUGCAUCCCACAUUGCUUGACCCUAACCUAGAAGGACAUCCAGGACUGAGAACAACGUGGUCCAAUGGAGGAGGAACUUUGGAAAGAUCAUUGUGUGCUCCUCAACAAGGAUGAAGAAAAUGAGCUGGAGAUAUUUGGCUACAGAACUCAUGGCUGCCGAAAGGCCUUGUGCAUUGCUGGCUACGUCUUGUCCUGUGGGGCUCUGCUGCUGCUCUUCUACUGGAAGCCAGAGUGGGAUGUGUGGGCAAACUGCAUCCGCUGCAGCUUGGAAGAAGCUGACACUGUUCUGCUCAGAACAACAGAUGAGUUUCAGAGAUACACCCGGAAGAAGGUGACCUGGAUCGAUUUGUCCACAUUGGCACUACCUAUUGGUAGUAAUUCAGAUGCUCCUCUUGUAGCUGAUGAAGACUCUGUCAUAAACAGAGCUGUAGUGAAGCCACAGCUAAAGGUGAGAUGUAUCCAGGUGCAGAAAAUCCGCUACAUUUGGGACUUCUCUAGAAAAGAAUUCAAGAAAGUUGGAUCAUUAGAGGACAGCAAUACAUGUCACAGCAUACACCACAAGUUUGGAGCUGGCCUCACUGGGGAAGAACAGAAGAUCAGGCAGCUGGUGUGUGGACCUAAUGCCAUUGAAGUUGAAAUUCGCCCUGUUUGGAAGUUGCUUUUUAAAGAGAUUUUAAACCCCUUCUACGUGUUUCAAGCCUUCACCCUCACCCUGUGGCUGAGCCAAGGCUACAUUGAGUAUUCAGUGGCCAUCAUAAUCCUGUCCAUCACUUCCAUUGGCUUAACUGUGUACGACCUCAGACAGCAGUCUGCCAAGCUGCACAACCUCGUUGAGGAGCAUAACAAAGUUCAGGUUACAGUCUGCACCAAGGGUGAAGGUUGCAAAGAGCUGGAGUCUUGUUACUUAGUCCCUGGAGACAUGUUGCUUCUAGAUGGGAAAAAGCUGUCUCUCCCGUGUGAUGCUGUCCUGAUUGAUGGAAGCUGCAUUGUGAAUGAAGCAAUGCUCACAGGUGAGAGCAUCCCAGUUACUAAAACCCCCUUGCCCCUGACGGAGAGUCCUUUGCCUUGGAAGAUCCAGAGCGUGGAAGACUACCGGAGGCACGUCCUGUACUGCGGGACAGAAGUCAUCCAGACGAAGAUGAAAGGCAGAGGGCCAGCAAGAGCUGUUGUGCUGCAAACCGGGUUUAACACGGCCAAAGGCGACCUAGUGAGAUCCAUCCUCUACCCCAAGCCAGUGAACUUCAAACUCUACAGAGAUGCCCUCAAGUUCAUCAUAGGCCUUUCUGUCAUUGGCUUAUUAGGGUUCGUCUACGCCCUGUGUGUGUUUGUGUCCCAUAAGAAGCCGGCGGCAGACGCGGUGGUGAUGUCCCUCCUUCUCUUCAGCGCGGCUGUGCCUCCUGCUAUCCCUGCUGCCUUGACAACAGGCACUGUUUAUGCCCAAAGGAGGCUGAAGAAAAAGAAGAUUUUCUGCAUCAGCCCACAGAGGAUUAAUAUCUGUGGGCAGAUCAACCUUGUUUGCUUUGACAAAACAGGCACACUGACAGAGGGUGGAUUGGACCUGUGGGGUGUUAUCCCUUCCCAGGGAAGCCGGUUUCAGGAAAUCCAUAGGUUCCCAUCCAGCUCCCCUCUGCCCUGGGGACCUCUGUGUGGAGCCAUGGCCUGCUGUCAUUCGUUGGUGGUUUUGGAUAACAAGAUCCAUGGAGAUCCACUGGACCUGAAGAUGUUUGAGGGCACACACUGGGAGGUAGAAGACUCCAGCACAGCUCAGGAUGGGGCUGGUGCUCUCAACACCUGCGUGGUUAGACCGGGACCAAACGCCAGCAGCGCUCCCGUGGAGGGCAUAGUGGUCCUACACCAAUUCCCAUUUUCAUCUGGGCUUCAGAGGAUGUCUGUUGUUUCACAGAAGAUGGGAGAGGAGCAGUAUGACCUGUACAUGAAAGGAGCACCAGAAACAGUGUCCAGCUUUUGCAGAGAAGAUACUGUCCCAGCUAAUUUCUUAGAGGAGCUGAACACAUACACAAGCCAAGGCUUCAGAGUCAUUGCUCUGGCCCAUAAAGGGCUAAACCUAGGAAAGGAGGCAAACAUUAGCGACUUAGAGAGAGAGGAGGCAGAGUCUGGGCUGGAGUUCCUGGGCCUCCUGGUGAUGGAGAAUCGCCUGAAGCAGGAGACGAAGGCUGUGCUACAAGAGCUGGCUGCUGCCCACAUCAGGAGUGUCAUGGUCACAGGGGACAACCUGCAGACAGCUGUGAUGGUGGCCAGAAAUGCAGGUAUGAUUCGCACAGGCAGCAGAGUUAUCCUCGUUGAAGCCGAUGGACCAGAGGGCUCCGCUCCAGCUUCCAUCGCCUGGCGACUGGCAGAGGACUGCAAAGCAAACACAGCUGCUCCAGGUGAGGUAUGUGCUGAGGAAAAGAUCACCUUGGAAGGAGAAACCUGCAACUUCCAUUUUGCAAUGACUGGGAAGUCCUAUCAGGUUAUUAUAAAGCACUUCUACAGCUUGCUGCCAAAGAUACUGGUGAAUGCAACUGUCUUUGCUAGGAUGUCUCCUGGCCAGAAGUCCAGCCUUGUUGAGGAAUUUCAGAAACUCAAUUACUACGUGGGUAUGUGUGGGGACGGCGCCAAUGACUGUGGGGCUUUGAAAACAGCCCACGCAGGGAUAUCGCUGUCAGAGCAGGAGGCGUCCGUGGCCUCGCCUUUCACCUCCCAAAUCCCCAACAUCCAGUGCGUGCCAGAGCUGAUCAGGGAAGGUCGAGCUGCUUUGGUUGCUUCCUUCGGUGUGGUUAAAUACCUGACCCUUUACGGCCUGAUCCAGUUUGUUGGUACUGCUCUGCUCUUUUGGCAACUGCAAAUCUUUGGGAAUUAUCAGUAUUUGGUACAAGAUGUCAUCAUUACCCUUCUGGUUUGCCUAACAAUGAGCUUGACUGAAGCCUACCCAAAGCUGGCACCUUAUCGCCCUCCUGGGCAGCUCAUCUCUCCUCCAUUGCUGCUCUCCAUCAUCCUCAAUGUGUGCUUCACCCUUGUCCUGCAAACCUGUGGCUUCCUCCUGGUGAAGCAGCAGCCCUGGUAUGUAGGGCUGGCCAGCCAGAGACAUUGCUCUCCAGGGAACCAGACUCUGUCCUCUGCCAGCCCAGGGGAAAACAGUACCAGCAGCAGUGCCCAGAGCCCUGUCCUCAGUUAUGAAGACACUACACUGUGGCCACUGUCUUCUAUCAAUUGCAUCAUUGUGGCUUUUGUCUUUUCCAAAGGAAAGCCUUUCCGGAAGCCCAUCUACACCAACUAUGUGUUUUCAGUUCUCCUGGCCCUCCAGACUGCAAUCUGCCUCUUCCUCUUCUUCGCUGACAUUGACAGAGUGUACAGCAGCAUGCAGCUUCUUUGCACUCCUGUGAUCUGGAGGGUUUAUGUCUUGCUGAUGCUCUUGCUCACCUUUGGCAUAUCUUUCUUUACAGAGGACGUUGUCUUGCAGAACAAGCACCUUUGGCUGCUGAUUAAAACCUGGUUUGGGUACCAGUCAAACAGUCCAUACCAAAAAUGGCAGAGGAUGCUGCAGAGGGAUCCCAGCUGGCCUCCUGUGAACACCAAAGACUUAGCAGCAGAAAGCAUGGAGGAGAUUUACAUUAACCCCACCUACGAGCACAGCGGCAAGGACUAGGUGAGACCCUGCAGCUGGGUGUGGGACUGCACCAAUGACUUCCUCCUCAGCUUGCACUGAACAGUCUGUACUAAUCCUUUGAUGUGCACUAGAUACAGGUGUUUGAAAGCCCUGCACAAACCUCCUGUAUUCAGAGGCAGGCUGGGCCCAUGCUGGAUGGACCCCAGAGCACAGCCAAGAAAUAAUCUCUCAGCCACAGGUAAAAUAACAGCCUUGACUCUACUCCAUAGCAACAGCAGGUCUGGGACCUUGCCAACAUCUGUGAAGGCUCAGAAGUACUGAAGAGAGUGAAGUGAUGGCUUCUGCUGCCCCACAUCAUGCUCUUACUCCAUGUUUCAGUCGCUGCUUCACCAAAUCCUUCCCAUGUAUUUGCCAGGGAUGUUGCCAUUACUGGAAAGGCAAUCCAAAGCAAGAGGCUUGGUCUUGACCACUCAGAGGUCACAAUUGCAAAACCCUGCACUCUGUGAAAUGCUCCAGCUUCCAAGAACAGCAAGAAAGAUCCCUGGAUGAUUAAUUCCAAUUUUUGUUAUGCAUUCCAAAGGAAAUACACUUGGAGAGGGUGCACACAGCCUGCCCUCAGCCAGCUCUCCCGUGGCAGUUCCUGCAGACAUCAAGCUGAGUCCAGGAAAGGUUAAAGCUGUAAGAGCAGGUUGGGAAGGCUGGUAAAGGUACACCCUGCCUACGUCUGCAGGGGCAAUGGGCAGCACAGCUGCUGCAUGCACCUGCACCUGACCCCGAGUUCGUGCUCUGUCACUCCCAGAGCCUGGCCCAGGUUUUGUGCCAUGCAGCAGAAAGCAGGGCUAAGCCUUGGCCUCUUGUAACUAGGUCAUGCCAACAAGCAGGGGGUUUAACAUGCUCUGGCUUGUGGCUGCUGGAGAAGCACAAGAAGCUCUUCAGCUUCGAGUCGUUCAGCCACCUAAUCAGUUUAGCUGUGAAAUGACUUUUGAUUGCACUGGCAGGAAGCAAAAAUGGACUUUCAGAUUCAGUUUUAUUUGGGUGUGUUUCCCCACAUUAAAAAAAUAUUAACAUCAA